AUGGCUGCGCAGGAAGCCGGCUUCGGUCGGAUUUCGGACGACCAGAUAGCAGCCGUGAUUCGGUAUUCUGACGAAUGGGCAUUUAUUGAGUACAUGCUCCAAAUAAGCACACGAACGUCUCGUGUGAAGCUUCUCCAGGCGUGGCACCUGUCUCCGCCGCAGGUGGUGAACCAGUUUGAGAGACGUACAGCCCGGCGUCUGGUGGUUUAUUCAUUCGUGGAAGCUUCACUGCUUGACGAGGAGAACACUAUUCAAAAUGUCACUAGACGCGGCUUCAAAAUUGACUCUAGGGCUGAGUUGACGACCAGUGCGAAAGAGCAACAAAAAGAUGAACGCUCGGCUUUCAUUGAGGCGGCGAAAUCCCAACUUCUCAGUGGAGAACGACGUGUUUAUGAGUUUUUUCUGUGCAAAGUUGGAGUAGGUCACUCAGUGGUCAUGAAGGAUGAAAGGGAAGCGUCAGGAGAACGCACCACGCUUCCUCAGGAAUACGAUAGUGCGUAUCUUGAAAAUGGAAACACAGCCCCUACAGAGACACUCACUGUCUUCUUUGAUGAUCCUGACCAGUACUUGACUAAAGGCUCGUCUAGUGUCAGGAGAAGGGAAGCCAUUCAGCAGGUCAAGAAGGGGCUCUCCAUGGCUACAGCAGGAGUGUUGCCUCAACACACAAUGCGCCAGGAAUAUGUUGUCUACGAUUCAUCACAGGUAUUGCCAGUUUACUUGGUGCUCUUUGAAGUAGAUUCUACAGAACCUGAGCUAUUUGCCGUACCCCUAUGUGAAGCUUGCCAGGACUUCCCUGCUUCAAUAUGGUGCCCAGCGGACACGGCCAAGCUGUGUGAGGCUUGUGACGGGCGCCUACACUCCCACAACAAGCUUGUUUCAAGGCACAUUAGAGUCCCUCUAAAUGAGAUGCCCAAACCAAGUGGACGGUGCAAGCAACAUACAGAAGAAGCCUACGAGUCAUUCUGUACAAUGUGUCAUGCUCCUGUCUGCCGACUUUGCCGACCCAACCACAUCCACGCAGAUGUAACGGGUGGCUCAGCCGCCAACGACUUCGAAGGUGACUAG